ACACCGACUCCUCGUGCGCUCACACUGACUCCUCGCGCCGCAAGGAAGCCCACUGCAAACAUGUCGCAGCACAUCCUGGCAGUCCACCUGCAGGUCCUGCUGGCCGUGCUUCUGGCCGUCUUCUGCUACUGCGUGGUGCUCGCCGUCAUUCUCUGCUGCCGGCGAAAGAAGGCCAAGCCCUCGGAGGACAAGGAGGCGUCCGUGUCUGGUCCCCGUCCCAGCGAGCGGGUCACCGUGACCUUAACCCCGGCGUUGUGCACCAGGCCCGUCAGGCAGCAGUACGAAGAGCUGGACGGCGACGUUCUGGACUUCACGUCCUCGAAAAGCAGCUCCUCCCCCUCUGAGGACGACCUGAGCGAUCUGCCCUUUGAGCCCAGCCCCACCAGGUCGGUGAGCCUGUCCCCUUGUAGCUCGUCGCCGCAGCGCCGCCUCAGCUCUCCGGUUGUUCCAGCGCCGUCCCGGAAAGGUUCCAGGGCGUCCCUGCCCUCCCUCACUAAGCUGGUUCCGAAAUCUCGCUGGGCGAAGGGGCGCCGCAGCACCGUGAGCGGUGAAACGCUUACACCCUGCCAGAAGGGGGCGCCCUCUCCAUUACGGUACGGCUCCACGGCGUCUUCCGCCCCCGCCAAGGCCAGCCCCUCGCUGCACUUCUCCCUACUUUACUCGACAUCCGGCACCCUCCUGGUCAGCAUCUUGGGACUGUCGGGGGCCGGUCGAAGGCGCAGCAGAAGAGUGUCGGUGCGAGCCAGCCUGCCGCCCCUGUGCCCCGAACCCCAGGAGGUUGCCUCCCGACGCCACAGCCUCAGCCCGGAGCUGCAGAGCCAGAGCUUGGAGCUGCAGGUGGGCUCGGUGGAUGAGCUGCGGGGGUGCACAUUGAGACUGGAGGUCUACAGCCGCGACUUCUCCGGCCUGAGGGAGGUGGCCGUGGGGGUGGCCGAGCUGCCCUGUCGGCACGUGGACUGGCAGCCCGACACCACGGCGACCUGCACCCGCCAGCUCAGCCCGACUAAAAGCAAACUCAAGAAGAGUGUGAGCUCUCAGGACACGUCAUCAUCUCGGAGGAAGAGUUCCCUUUGCACGCCGCGACCUUUGGGCCAACUCUUUGUCCUGCUUCAGUACCAGUCGCUGGCUCACCGCGUCAAGGUGAUGGUUCGCAAGGCGGGGAACCUGACCAAGCUGACGCGCAUCCCUGGAGCUCCAGACCAUUACGUCAUCAUCAAUCUGCACCACGCCGGCAAAGUGAUCGGCACCAAGGAGACCAAAGGAGCCGGCGGUUCCGACCCGGUUUGGAACGCUCCCUUCUUAUUCGACCUGCCGGCCGGUGACGUCACUCGGCUGCCGUUGCUGCUGGAGUUCAUCGUCAUGCAGGGUCGCCUCUACACCAAGAGCAGCGUUUUGGGUCGCGUGCUGAUUGGCAGCCGGGUUUCGGAGGCGGGGAAAGGACACUGGGAGGACAUGUGCGGACGAGGGCCGGCGGAGACCGCCCGCUGGCACGACAUCCAAUCAGAUGCGCAGUAGGCUUUGAUUGACGGAUGUAGUUGCCAGCCAAGGACUAAUGCCUCCUAGAAUAUUCUGAUAUCAUUUUAAGGUUCCGGUGUUUAUUUCAUCUUAAAGCUACAGCAACGACAAAUGGCAGCCAUUCGCAGUACUUGCUGAUACAGCAUAUGUACUACUCUUAUUCAAUCCGGUGUCUGAUAUCACUCAUCAGGAGUUCAUUCAUUUGCUGUUAUUUCAUGAAAACCAUCUACAGUGUCUGAUAUCAUUUAUUCUGGAUUGAUUUGUUUUAGUUAUUAUUGUUUAACAAGGACCACGGUAUCUGGCAUCAUGUCCUGGCUUCAUUAUUUCUUUGUUUGAGAACUGAUAUCAUUCAUCCUGAAUUGGUAAUGGUUUCAUUUUAUUUGAACAUACAUCAGGUUACAAUGGAAUGCAUCAACAUAACCAAAUUCACAGUUGAUUUAUGUUUUAUUAUUUCAUGAAAACUAGUUUAUGAUAUCAGUAAUCCUGAAUUUAUUCAUUUGCUAUGAUUUCAUAAAAAAAACCAAGUGUCUGAUAUCAGUCCUACUGAAUUUGUUCAUUGUUGUUAUCUUGAGAUCGUUCAUCUGACUUGAUUCAUUCCAUAUUAUUUCAUGAAAAAAAAACACAGUGCCUGAUAUCAGUCAUCCUGAAUUUCUUCAUUUAUUUAUAUGACUUUUCCUUAAGUAAUUCAUUUAUUAUUAUGUCAUUAAAUCCCCAGUGUCUGAUAUCAGUCACCCUGAAUUAAUUCAUUGAUUAACAGUAAUCCCGAUUUCUGAUAUCAUUAAUACUGAAUUCAUGUCUGAUAUCAGUAUUCAUUUCCUGAUUAACAACUACUUACGUCUGAUAUCAUUAAUCCCGAAUAUAUUGAUUUAUUAUGUAAUAAAGUCCACAGUGCCUGAUAUCAGCCAUCCGGAUUUAAUUAAUGUAUUAUUUAAUGAAAACCCAAGUCUGAUAUCAGCCAUUCAUGUCUUGAUUAACAACAAUCUGUGUCUGAUAUCAUUAAUGCUGAAUAUAUUCAUUUAGUAUUAUUUAAUGAAGUCCAUAAUGUCUGAUAUCAGUCACCUGGAUUAAAUAAAUGUAUUAUUAAUUCAUAAAAACCCAAGUCUGAUAUCAGUCAUUCAUGUCUUAACAACAAUCUGUCUGAUAUCAUUAAUGCCAAAUAUAUUCAUUUAGUAUUAUUUAAUGACGUCCAUAGUGUCUGAUAUCAUUAAUGCCGAAUAUAUGAAUUUAUUAUUUAAUGAAGUCCAUAGUGUCUGAUAUCAGUCAUCCUAAAUUAUUACUAUUAUUAUUAACAACAACCACGUUGUCUGAUAUCGUUGAUCCUGAAUGUGUUCAAUUCUUGUUUUUUUAUUGAUAACCAGUGUCUGAUAUCGUCCAGAAUAGAUGUACCGUAUUGAUGAUUGUUUCAGGAGAACCAGAGUGCGAUAUCGCUUGUUGUGCAAGGUGAUUAUUUCAGACAUGAAUGAAAUGUAUUAGUCAUAUUUUCUGUAUUUAUUUUGUACAUGAGUCACUUUCCUUCCUCCUCAUGAAUCCUUGGCAUAUAAGUGAAUAUCGAGUGUCAACAUGUGAUGUACUUUGACGUCAUCUGUCAAGCAUGUUCCACGUAAUAAAAUAUGUAUUUGUCGGAGGGAUACACACGUACUGCGAUACACACGUUUGUACGUUUAUAUGUCCUGCUUCGCCGCAAAUUAAUUUUGCCGUCCAGAGAGAGUUUAAAAAUAGAAGGCUCCACACCAACAUGUGAUGUAAUCCGCGUCCCAAAGGCGUAUUAUGUCGCAUCACAUCAGCAAAGCAACACGCUUGCACGAUGAAACUGUGACAUUUAUGCAAAGUAAAACUGCAUGGAGACGAUUAUUUACGUCCGUCUGACCUUUAAGUGAUGCGUGACUCUCAGGCCGCAUCCACACCAAACCCACUUCACCGUUGCCAUUUGCCAUUCUUUGCAGAUUCACAAUGAAAUUCAUGUUAACUGAUGAAAAAAAUAGCACCGAAAAUACAUAACGAAUAAUAAUAACACAAUACUGAAUUGAAAAUAAUAUAUUAAGUAUUUCAAAAAAUCCUGAUUACAGUUAGCCCUCGUUUUUCGCGGCACUAGACCCGAUGCUGAUAAGUGAAUUUCCGCGAAUUAGGAUUCAAUGUGAAUACAAAUCAGAACUUAAUAAAAAUUUAUAAUAUAUAUAUAUAUAUAAAAUAUAUACAAAUUAUUUUUGAACAUUAAUCGAACCCUCGAGACAUGAA